AUGGACGGCCACACCCGCUGCAAAAUCAAGUCUACUCAGAUGAUCAGAAUCACGAUGAUGCCGCAGCUGCCUAUAUAUCACAUUACUUCCAAGUUCCUCAUCCAAGCCGCACCUAUACUACCCACACCUCACAGCCAAACUGCUGCUCCGUCACCAUUGAUAUCUGGCAUGCAAAGCAUGCAAGCCAGCCCAACACCUCCAGUAGGCUCGCCCUAUCCCUACUCAUUCUUGCACAUUCGGCGCAACAACACCUACUCUGGCUAUCCCAUCCACACCGCGCCUUCAUCCAACUACAACCCCAACCAUCCCUCAGUGAUCGAAGAGCAACUCGCUCUCCAGAUGCAGAUGUACGCCCUGAACAAUCACGUAGCAUUAUCCGACUUCACAUUCUCACCAUCAUCGACACCUUUCCCCAGCCAUGGAUAA